ACUUACUCUUCUCCUGGUUCGAAUAGGAUGGUAUGAGAUAUAUCAUAUUAGUACUUGAUACAGAUGUCAUACUGAAAGUUGGUACACUAAAAAACUCCGUAUCAUAUUAUAUCUUUACAGUGCAAGUGUGGCACUGGAUCUUGGACCUAUUAGUUAAGACGAAAAUAGGAGCGGAUUUGUUUGACAUUGGGGUGUUGUUUUGGAAAUCACAUGGAUGAAUCUUGGGAGAGCUGCAAUCUAUUUUUAGCCGUAGUUUUAGUACAUGCUGUUUGGUCGGUCCACGUAGGAUUUCAAAUGCGGAGUUUAGGAUCUUGUCCAGUCCGGACGUGGAACGGGAAGCUCCAGUUGUUCCAAAUCCAAUCUCAGCUAAUUAUGUAAUUGAGGGCUUUGUUUCCUCACAUAUUUCUUAUUUUUGAAUUUAUGAUAUAUUAGUUUCUACAGACAUUGAAGGUCUGUAGAGCUGUGCAUGAGACGCCUGGUGCCCUUCGAUCGGGCUUUGGGAAAUUUGGACCACCCCAUGUGAGCUCAGAGAACUCUCUCUCUCUCUCUCUCUCAGAAGUCAAACGGUAACCAAUACAAAACUAUAUAAAAAAAAAAAGUAUGGGCAACCGAGCCAAGAAGGCAAGUCUUUCGAAAACAACUUGUAAUAAAAAAUCCCAGUCACUAAUCUCCAUGUACUACUCCACUGUCCUCCUUCCACCUCCCCAUAAACUAAAUAGGACUGUAAUCUCCAUGUACUACUCCACUGUCCUCCUUCCACCUCCCCAUAAACUAAAUAGGACUGUAAUCUCCAUGUACUACUCCACUGUCCUCCUUCCACCUCCCCAUAAACUAAAUAGGACUGUGUCUAUCAGAUGAUCAGCACUCUUCCACUCUCUUCAUCAACUUUCCGGACCUCCCCUGGUACUCUUCGCUAAACUUGUCCAUCACUGACUUUUGACCCUGUUUUGUUGAGUUGAUGGUUAGUCCAAACUCUAUAUUCUCUGUCGAAGUCCGCGAUCUGGUCCUCUGUUGCUGUUCAGGAUUCAGAAUAUUUUCCAUUAUUACAUGAUUUAGAGAGCUGUUAAUAGUUCUUCGUGGUACUGUAUUGGAAACCCCAGAAGUGAAGUUGGACAUGAGAAGCUCGAAUAACCUGGUCCUGAGGGUCGGAUUAAAGAGAGGGGUAUAUGGCUUCACCCUUCUCUUGGCUAUGCUUGCAGCUCUACUCAGUAUAGCCACGCUAUGCAAAUUCUAUUCUCAGAGAUCUCUCUUUAUCACCAGUACCUUUGGUGAUCGUGGAGAGGCUGAUGAUAGGCCAGCCGAAGUAGAGGUUGACAAGAUGAUGGAUAGCAUCAUCAGAAAGAUCGUCGAAGAGAUGGAGCAAUUGAAAGAGCUAGGGGCAAAUUCAGAGGAGGAUCAUCAAUCUGAAUUGAAGAAUGAGAGACUCAGAUAUAGUUCCUUCCUUGCUGAUAUCUUGGGAAAACUGGCAUCCAUCCAGGCGCUCCUCCCUCGCAUCGAAGGCGACGCUCGACGGCGAGAAGCUGAGACAGGGAUGGCUCAUCCAUUGUCGAGAACCAACCAGCCGUACGACAGAAUCAUGGAGUACUUUCUGGUGGAAGAGAUACGGAAGUACGCCAGAAUCAAGCCCAACAGGCUGGGGAAACAAAACUUCCUUGGAGCCAAUGGAACGUUCGCAAGCAUCGGCCAUGCCUGUUUCUCCAUGAAGGAAGAGCUGGAAGAGUACAUGGACUACGAUGUGGGGGACUUGUGCAAGGAUGACUGGAAGCAGGCUCAGAGGCUGUUGGUUCAUGGCUGCGAUCCACUGCCGAGAAGGAGAUGCUUUGCGAGGGCCCCGAAGCUGUACGCAAAGCCUCUCCCCAUCAACGAGUCCAUGUGGAAGCUCCCCGACGACCGGAACGUCCGGUGGAGCCAUUACCGGUGCAGCACCUUCGCCUGCCUCGCGAGGAACAGCACCGGGAAGGGCUUCUUCAAGUGCGCCGAUUGCUUCAACCUCACCCACCAUGAGAGGCCGAGAUGGAUGGAAGCAGUCCACGUCGAGCCAGCUUCGAAUCUGACUGCAGAUUUCCUUAUAGAAGAGGUUCUGCGGAUUAAGCCAGGGGAGAUAAGGAUUGGGCUGGAUUUCAGCGUAGGCACCGGGACUUUUGCUGCCAGGAUGAGAGAGUUCGAUGCGACGAUUGUGUCAGCAACCAUCAAUCUAGGGGCUCCUUUCAAUGAGAUGAUUGCUCUCAGAGGGCUCCUCCCUCUGUACCUGACCAUAAACCAGAGGCUUCCCUUCUUUGAUAACACGCUCGACAUCAUCCACACCACAAGAUUCCUUGAUGGCUGGAUCGAUUUCAUACACCUGGACUUCGUUCUGUACGACUGGGAUAGAGUUCUGAGGCCAGGUGGUCUGCUCUGGAUUGAUAGCUUCUUCUGUCGGAAGGAGGAUCUGGAUGAUUACUUGGAUGAAUUUAGCAUGCUGAGGUACAAGAAGCACAAGUGGGUCGUGGUGCCGAAGCUGGAUAAAGAUGAUCAAGAGGUGUUCUUUUCUGCAGUGCUGGAAAAACCAGCUAGGCCCUUUUGAGGUAGCUCUCUCUGAUAUGGUUAUACAUCUUCGUUUUAGCAUUAGAGUUACCGGGGCUUCGCCCUUUCAUGCAGGAAGAAGGGUUUUUGCCUGCUUGGUUUGAGCAUUUUAGUUAGAAAGACUGCUGAAAAAUCCUAGGCAUCAUGGCUGAGAUAAUGCAGCUGAGUUUAGAAAAUAUAUAAUUAAGCUUAUAUGCCGCUGUAGGAAAACAUAUAUAAGAUUUCACUAUCUGCGUGUUAAGGAGCUGUGGAUGGAAAUGGUUUAGAUGUGAGUUGGAUCCAAGCAAAAUCCAAAUCCAAACCAAAUAAUAUGUUUCCUUGUCUUGUUCCAUUUGAGUUCCAAAUCUAUAACCGCAUAUUUAACAACUAUAAUAAAUUUAAGAAUGUUUCUUUAUGAGUAAUUUUCCAACAGUUUUUGCUUUGAGUCCAAACGAUCCUAUGAUAAUGGAGCUCGUCAAUUCAAAAACUGAAAUGUUCGCAUAAUGUACGUUAUGAUUCUAAUUUCUACCAGUCAAGCAUAUUAUAUCUUGCUCCAAAGGAUAAUGUUCAUGAUGGAUUAACAUGAAGGAUGCGAAGAAUGAAGUGCAUGCAAUGACAACCAUGAAAUCUCUGGUAAGCACAUGAUUUUAUUUCACGUAUACGAAUCGAGUGGGGUACUGUUCGGCUAGUUGAGUUGGGAUACUGACGCAUCUCCAGGCCCAUGCAGUCCACCCUGAGAAAAUUCAAGGAAGCUUUAUAUCAUGUUACAGUUGAUGACCAGUAUGGGAAGCUUAUAGUUGUGUAUAAUGGACGUUCGGAGCCCAUCCUCUUGAAAUCUCAACGGUGUAUUGAGAGAGGAAAGAAGGGUUCCGGACUGAAGAAGUGCAGGUUCCCUGCACUCCACCGAGGCUCCGCAGCCCAUCCAAGACAGUCCCACCUCUCUAUUAUUUUCAGUCAUGUACCGCUCAACACCACCGGACAUGAGUUUGGAUGGUCGCUGCAUUACUCAUUGUAAUUGUAACAGGGAAGGAAUUUAGCAUUUGGUUCGCAACCAAAUCGAAAUGAAUUGAAAUAAAAAUCAGAUUCGGUUUGUAACUGGAAUCGGAAUGAAAUUUAAAUACUAAGAAAUAAAACUCGCUCUACGCAAAUGGCUGAAUUAGAAGUUACUCAUUUUCAUUUCUAUUCUACAGUCCAACUCUCCCCAAUCAAACAUGCCUUAAUCCUAAUUGCUUUCGAGACAUGUACAUUUAUAAAUCCUCGGUUCUGCAACAUCAUGCAAUCUACACCAUGGCAAGAUGGACAGCGGGUAGAAUAAGUAGAGAUUAGCAAAUAAAAUCACUUAAGAAUAUUUUUCAGCUCCAAUUUCAAGCAAAGAAUAACCCUUUGAAUAACAGAGAGCAAAGAAUGGUUCUUCGUACCAAACUAUGGUCCAAAUCUAAACAAUUCUAUGCUAAUCCACCAUACCUAGCACAGACAUUUAUAUCUGUAACUUGAAUAUCUUUCUAAAUGAAAAUUUAUUACUUCCCUGGAAGUACUGGCUUUGCCAUGAUCUCCCCUGAUCCUACCCCAGAAUGUCAGAAGAAGUUAUCCACAAACAGGAUUUCGCUCCAAUCCAUGUACCCAAACCCGAAACCAACCCAGUCUUGGAAGAUGAAUGAAUUAGGUAUGGAAUCGUAGUCAAACCUGUUGAAACUUUCAGCUUAAGAGGUUUGAGACUUUCCACAACCCGAACCUGAAUAAAUUACCCAAUUUGUUAUAUACAUGCAUAUGUACACACAUAAAUACCUACUACCUACUUAUAUACAUGCACAUAUAAUACUAAUUUUAUUUAUAUAUCCUUCAACUUGAAAAGAUUAAAAAUAGUGAUGUCAGAAUAUAUUUAGAUAUAUAUGCUUGCCUUUAAAUAAAGUGUAUCUUUCAAUUUUUAGCCUAUCAUUAUAUAGUUAACCAUUGAGUGCUUGUUGCUUAUAUUAAUUUUUGUAGCAUGCAUUGAAUAUUUCAUUGAUAAACUUCUCAAUGCAUGGAUUAUUUAGCUUGAUAAAUUUUGUUUGGCACAGAGGUAGGAUUGGAAUCGUUAAUGCUUAAAAGUUGAACUCUUAAAUGAAAAGGUAAAAGAAGAUAAGAAAUGGAAGAUACAACUUCUAGGCAUUCCUCAUACUCAGCUUAUUUCAAGUCAGGCUAAUACUCAAAUCAACAAGCCUCAAUCCCAUGUAUAUUAGAACCCCGUGUAUCACACAGGAAGAUAUUUGCGACAUUUUAGUUUUUCUAAAACAAGAUUUCAAUAAUCUAAAAUCCAGCAAAACACAUGAAUUCAAAGAAAAUGAAUGACAACAGACUUGUGAACAUGAACAACAUACUCAAUACAUAUAUGCAAAGACAUAAGUUGCCAGGCAACAGCUCUCAUAACUGUAUCCUAAUUAUUACCUUCUUUACAAGAAUAUGAAUAUCAGUUGCUUAUGACACAUUAAUUUUUUUUGUAUAGCCUGUACCAAGAGGAUGUUACAGAGAUAGAGAAGGCGUUGGAAUACCUAAUAGGAGAGUUUUCACUCAGUAUCACUUACAGUCGAACAUCAGUGUGUAUACAUAUUGACAACACUGUUUUGAUUAUAAAUUUUACUGGAAAGGGACAUGCAAAAGAAUUGCAAAUUACUGAACUGAAUCACGUCAUGUUAUUACUAUAUCAAAGUCAGAGCACAGAUUUUAAAGAGACAAACAUGGAAGCAUACCUAAAACAUGACAAUGGUGGAAGCAGUUGGUAUGAAACCCAUAAUUGUCAACAAAAGAAGCGUGCAGGCAACUGCACACACUCCAUGCAUAUAUAAUGACAAUCCAUAUCACAAAAUCUUGGAAUCAGUACAAUUUAGACAAGUUUGAUUCAUCCAAAUUGAGAACGCAAACACCUCAUAUAAUAAGAUGUAAAGAGAUGCCCU